UCCCCGGGCUGACCCCGCUCCCCCUCCCCACCUCCCCAGUCCCUCCCAGAGGAAGCGGCCGCGGCCCCGCCUGCGUCCUCACAGUGCCUGGGGGGCCCUGGAGAGUCUCUGCCCACCAUGGAGCUCCUGGUGCUGGUGCUGCUGGCCGUGCCCUCGGCCACCGGCAUCAAGGAGCUGGCACUGGACAUGGCCCCCGACGCCUUCGAUGACCAGUACUGGGGCUGCCGGGACGAGAUGCUGAAGGUGCUGCCGAAGCUCAACCGCUCCGAGUUCACCACCAACCGCGUUUACGCCAGAGCUUGGGCCGAGGCCGCUGCCGGCUGGAGGCGAUCCCGGGGGUCCCGCCUGCGGCCGGACCAGGGCAUCGCCCUCCGGGCACUCACCCUGCACACGGAGCUGUACGAGCAGUUCAACAGGGCUGUGCCCAGGGCCGGGCGCUCCCCCCAGGAAUAUCGGGACAGAUUUGACUUCAAGGUGCUGCAUUUCCUGCUGACCACGGCCCUGGAGGACCUGCGGGAUGCCCCGACCCACCCCCGCUGCCUCCACGUGUACCGGGGCGUGGACUGUGUCCGCUUCACCGCCCAGCCCGGCGACGUCGUCCGCUUUGGCCACUUCACCUCCUCCUCCCUCAACAAGACAGUGGCCGAGGGGUUCGGCACCGACACCCUCUUCGAGCUGGACACCUGCCACGGCGCCAAAAUCCAGGAAUUCUCCGACCACCCCGAGCAGGAGGAAGUUCUCAUCCCGCCCUUUGAGACCUUCAGUGUCACCAGUGUCACCCAGCAAGGGGACAAACCCCACAUCCUGCUCCGCUCCCUCGGCGUGCACAGCAAGUACAACUGUGUCCGUCCCUCAGGUGACAGCCCUGG